UCAAGAUUGUUCAGCUUUCUUCCCGACGCUGUAUAAUCUUGCAGCGUUAUAAAAAGCCCUUCUAUAUGAACCUCUCUUAAAUCUAUAAGAGACGACCAAUCAUGGACGUUGACAGACAAGAGGUCAUUAUUACCCUGACUAGAAACAAGCACAGCCUUACGCCAUUAGCAGUGGAGGAACUGACAACUCUUCAAGAUUUGAGAUCUCUGAUUGAUAAGCUAACAAGCCUUGAUAAGGCUAGACUGCUUUUUAUCAAUGAAGAAGGGAAUGCUGUGGCUUUAGAAUCUGAUGGUGAAUUCACUGUUGCUGUUGAACAGGCCAACAAGACUAAGCAGCUUCACUUGCUUAUUGAGGACAUUGAGAAACAACCUAAAGAGAAACGUCAUCACCACGAUCAUCAUCACCAUGGUCACCACGAUCAUCAUCACCAUGGUCACGGUCACCAUGGUCACUCUCAUAAGAGGCACUACUCUCAGUUGGCUACCUGUAUUGGAGAGAAGAGGAAGAGAGCUGCUGAAUAUGCAGCUAAAGCUUUAUUGGGCAAGAGCCAAUCAAUGGAUGCCAUUGAAGAACCAGAAUGGUUCAAGGAAGCAAUGAAGAAAUAUACACAAGCCAUCAUAGCUGAAGUUAAAGGUGAGGCUGGAGCUAAGGAGGAAGAGAGUGCAAGGAAGAAAGAAUGCUCUCCUGAUAAAGUGACUCACAAAGGAAUAGUCUGUGACUAUUGUGAAAAAGAAAUUGCUGGAAUUCGUUAUAAGUGUGGUAAUUGUUUGGAUUUUGAUUUGUGUGAAAACUGUGAAUCAUUUUCCGAGUUCUUUCACGAUGACACUCACGUUUUUAUAAAGAUCAGGAAACCAGCUCCUCGUGCUGGCGUAAACAAGAAGGGAAAACUGAAACCGUUGCUGAAAAAGAACAUUUACAAAGACAAAUAUGUUCAAAUUGAUGUGACACUUCAGCAACAGGGCUCCUCUUCAAUGGUGGUCAUCAAGCAACCAGUGGGGCAGCACCAACAAAAACCAAAAGACGAACUAUUUAUAAUCGGAGACGAUCCUUUAGUUGUACCUCCAGUAAUGAUGAGUCCUCCGCCCACACUGCCUGUCAAACAAGACGAGGAGUCCGUUAAAAUGAAGAAACCAGCCCCAAGUCUUAUCAGGCGCUCUAAGAAGCAGCUGAGGGAAGACUUGAAGAAGACGACAAGGGAAGAGCCUCUUCAUAUCAAUGCACAGGAAGACAUGAUCAGAUAUAGCAAGAAGCAGUUGAGGGAGCUGAAAGCAGCCAGACAGAAGAGGAGAAAGGAGCAAGGAGAAGUUCAGGGAGCUGGUAAUGGAGCAGUUAUGAUGGAAUCACUUGAAUCAAGCUCUUCUAUACAGAAGGGACAUGGAAAGUGCCUUGAUUCAAAGUUUGUCGUUGAUGGCAACAUUCCAGAUGGAUCAGUUAUCCUGUAUGGUAAAGCUUUUAGUAAGAGUUGGAUCAUACAGAACACUGGGACCAAGACCUGGCGUAAUGUACAGCUGGUCCAUCAAGAUGGUUUCCUUCCAAUACAACGAGAGGUUGAUGUGCCUGAUCUUGCUCCUGGACAGCAGGAGAAUGUCUCAGUUGAUUAUCCUGCAAUUUCUCCAGAAGACGGUUCAAGCAUCAAGAGCUCAUGGCGUCUUGUUCAUAACAAGACCACUCCUUUUGGUUGCACGCUAUGGCUCUCGUGUCAAUUAAAACCAGAUCCUAUUGAUGAACUAACUUUAUCAUUUGAACAAAUAAAAUAUCCUGUCUUUGAGGAAGAGGAGGAAGAAGAGGAGGAAGAGGAGGAGGAAGAGGAGGAGACCCAGCAGCAGCAUCAAGGGGACAAUACCUCAGAGAGUAGCUACUCGUUUGUUGAUCCUCCUUCACCUCCUGUACUCUCCUAUCAAAGCUGCAGAAAUGAUGAUGAAGAUUGUUCAGAUGAUGAUUGCUCAGACGAUGAAUUUGUUGUCGUCAUCCCAGACUGUUUCAAACUGGACAAGCCACUUGAAGGAUUCACGCCUGAUGGAACGACCCCAGUUACCGAAGACCCACCAUCAGUCCAGCUGCCAGGAGAGCAAGAACAAUCAUCUGUCUCUCCCACUCCCUCUCCACCUCCCAUUAGCCCUCCUCCCCCUCUCUUUCCUCCUAUUGUCUCUCAACCAGGGAAGAGCCCACAGACUUCACCUAAGCGAAUACCAAGGAGAGAAGGAGAUACUUUUGUUCCUGAUCGCAUCAAACUAUCUGAUGUAUGGAUGUCACGAUCACGUAAUCCUUUGACUUAUGCCGUAGGCCUCAUAAACACUGUGACUGAUCUUGCCGAACAACACAUUCCAACUGUAUCACCAAAAACCACACCCAGUGCCCCGCCUCCUCCUGAAGAUGAGGACAGCAUUGCCUCUGGUGAUAUAUCAAAACUAAUACAUCAAGAACCGGACACUUCUCGUUUUAUCAAGCAGAAAUGGGAGGAGCCAAAACCAUCGACCCCAAUGGAAGAGCUGAUCAGUAUGGGUUUUGCUAAUAGAGCAGUUAAUAGCCGAUUGCUUAAGAAACAUGGAAAUGAUGUAGAGCUGGUCCUUAAUGAGUUACUGGAGACAAACGGAGAGGGUUAUCAUGACGUGAUUAGCUGCUCUUUCUCUUAAAAACGAGCUUAUCAUAUAUAUUAUUAUAAUUAUUCUGGGAAUGCAAGCUGUAUAUUAUUAUUGUUCUUGUUUUUGUUGCGUUGUUGUUGUUUUUGUCAAACUUUAAAAUGUGUAUAUUCUAUUCCAUAGUCUAAUUGAAAUUUUCACUGUCUUGUUUUUGCAUUUACUCUGUUAUAAAAUUCAA